AAUGGGACAAUCGCAUUAUACUUAUGCUAUGAAUUUGCAGAAAGAAGUUAUAUAUGAAUUUUCAUUUGAAUAAUGUAAGGUAAACAUCAAGAUAUAUCUGUAGGAUAGUAUCUCAAAUAGAAUGAGUUCAUUAAUAAAAUGCCAAAGGAGUGAUAGUGGUAAACAAUACGCUAAAUAGUUACAAUUUACAAAAAUUCUCACCACGCAACAUGUUUGGAAGCCUCGUAACAAUCCAAAUAAAAUGACGCGUAAAAAAUAGUUGAAUAACUACAGUCCUAGCACUUUUUUCGCCAUCAACUUAAUUUCGUGUGCACAAUCUUAUAGAUAUUAUAUUACAAGGUUUUGAUUAUUAUAUAUUAUAUUUAAAUUCGGUGAGAUAAUAGUUCAACAAUG